AUGCAUAAGUCUCAAGGUGUCUUCUACAAAAUACAUAAGGUUGAACCUGUGUGCCUAGAGCAGUCCCUUAUUGGGUGGACAAAGAUAGCGGGAAUUCAGAGGAAAAUACAUAAAUCUCGAGGCGUCAAUUGA